CCGGGGGCUGUGGGGCCGAACGACGGGGUUUGGGGGGCCGCGGGGGCGGGGCCUAGGAGGGCUCCGGCCGAAGAACCCAAAGCUCUGAUCUGCGCCUUGGAGACACCCCGGGGUCCCGGGUCUCGGGACGCGGACGGGUGACGCAUCUACGAAGCCAGCACCUCCGAGGGGCGCCAAGCCCUGUUCCUGGAGCGAUGGGGGCGCCAGGGCGCAGGCGCAACGUGGGCCGGAAGCGGAAACGGCGCGGGGGCGGGGCUAUCGACACGGAAAUUCGGCCUCGGUCCCGCCCCACCAGGCCUUCGCGUCCCUCUGUGGGCCCCGCCCCUACCCUUUGGCCCGCCCAUCGCAGGAGGCCCGCCCCUCCCCGCCUCCGUGCCCCGGCCGUCCCCUCACUGACGGGGGGGACAUCCCGAGCGGUGCCCUCCUCACCCUCCCGUGUGUCCCUCCGGCCCCCGCCCCACUCGCCCACCUGGCCAGCGGCCUCCCCCUGCGGUGGAGAGGGGCGGCCUCAAGCCGCCUGGGCCUUGGGGCGUGGUCCGCGGCCGUGGAGGUGAGGUCACAGCGGGGCCGGCGUCCCUUCAGUCUCUGGCUGUCGCUCUGUUCUGCGCCUUGGAUGCACAGGCCACCUGGGUCCUGAGAAGGCGCGGUGCUCCAGAGGAGGAGGGGCUCACAGAACACAGGUGGCCUUGGGGUCCUUCUCCUGGAGCCCAGAGGUGCAGACAAGCAAGCUGCUGGCGGAGGCGGGGAGCAUGAAGCAUCUGCUUAAGGACCCCCAGAGGGAAAAGCCGGGACCACCGCCGACCCCAGAGCACAGGCCGCCCUCUCCCUCGUCCAGGCCGACUGCAGCCUGGGGCCAGCCCGGUGCCCAGCGCAGUGGUCAGCAGAGACUGCAGACUCAGGACUGGGUGUGCGAGCCGCUGCAGAGAAGCAGGCGCCCGAGCCGACACUGGAGCCUUAGCAUCGAAGAGCACCGGAGGCUGGCCAUGCAGGGCGUCUGGGAGAGGCGUGGCGCCGGGGGGGCCUCCGCCCACCGCCUGGAGGUCGCACAGAUCGUGGCCCAGCUGGUGUCCGAGGAUGUGGACAAGGACGUGCUCAUCCCCCACCCGCAGAGGUCCGCGGAGCCCACCCACGCCUUCCACACCUUCCUGGCCCGGAGCCUGCCUUUCUAACAGAACGCGACUUUCUGGAGUUG